AUGAAGUUGUCAGUGCUUAGCAUUGCUGUACUUUACUCUCUUUUAGGUUCUCUUCAUUCAAUCACUGUGUCUGUUCCAUUAAGCACAAUUAAUGUGACCAAUGGUGGGAAUGCAGUUCUACCAUGUACCUUCACAACGAAUCAGCCCACCACCAACUUGAACAUUCAGUGGUCUUUUGUUUCCCAAACGACAGAUCAGACGGUGAUCUUUUCAUUUCAGAUUUACUACUAUCAAGCAGGCCAGUCUACCAUUCCUCAGAAUUACCAUGGCCGAGUGAUCGUGCCUCCUUCUCCAAACACCACUAGGAACGCCUCCAUAACAAUAACCAAUGUCAGUCCUGCUGACUCUGGAACAUACUACUGCGAGGUCCAUAACAUGCCAGAUAGUCUGGGCCAGACAGAAGGGCGUGUCAUUUUGAACGUUUUAGAAAAACCCUCAAAACCAUUUUGCGCCAUCCACGGGACGGUGGAGUCGGGCCAUUUAGUCACCUUGACUUGCCACACUGAGCAAGGGAGCCCCACCCCGACCUACAGCUGGACUAAGGUGGAGCAAGGCAAGUCCAGGAGCUUACGUGCAGCCAUCAAUACUCAGACUGGAGUUCUACAGAUUGGAAAUCUGUCUCAGUUUGAGUUUGGAACAUACCAGUGUAACGCCUCGAAUGUUGUAGGAUAUGAUAUCUGCACUGUUAAUUUAAAUGAAGAGCUGAGCGACGGGGUCAUCGCCGGCGCUGUAAUUGGGGCAUUGCUGGCAUCGGCUCUCAUCAUCUUCAUUGUGUGGUACAUCCUGCACUCGUUGAGAAAGAAACAGUACAAGGCGGUGAAGGUGGCGGCAGGGACUGAGAUGCAAGUUAAAUCGCAGAGUGGCAACACUGCCAAAUUCGACAGCAUGCACGGCAGCGAGGAAAACAGUCAGGCCACUGCCUCGGCGGCGCCUACGGAGGCAGCAGAGAGCCAGGGAGGGGAGGAGAAGGAGCCUGUGGUCUAG